AUGGCUUCGUCGCGUGAAGGGAUCAACCCUUUGCGCCCCUAUUAUAUUCCUCCCUCCCUCGGCCUGUCACCUGCUGAAGCUUCCAACUCCUCGUCCCCUCCAGAUCUCGCCGCAGCGUCAUCCGCCCAGGUCUUUGGCAGCUCCGCACGCGAUCUAUUGCCGGAUCUCGACUAUUCAGACUAUCUCGAUUCGUCACCGUCGGUGUCGGACUGGAUCCGAGAUGCUUUGGACCGUGCUGUCUGGCGCUAUCUCUUUCUUCUGACCUCUCAACCGCUGGACGUCGCCAAAAUCAUUUUGCAGGCGUAUGUCGUGCCCGAUGAUCAGGAUGGGCAAUGGGCAGAGGAGGGGAACCGCCGGAGAUCGAUUCCUCGUGCUCGCGAAAACAUCUAUGACGAGGACUCGCAAUCCUCCGACGAUGAGAGCAGUUACUUCACAUCGGCAGCACCCACGGCCUCAUCCCCCGCGACACCUCGAUCUCGAAAGUCUCAACACCAUGUCACUGAUCGCAGCGGCUACAUCCCGCCCCCUGGAUCGUCGCCCAGGCAUGCUUUGACAAUCAAGAACCCGUCGUCCUUGAUGGAGGUGCUCGGGCAGCUCUGGUCUACCAGUGGCCCGACAUCGCCGUGGAAGGCUACCAACGCGACUUUUAUCUACUCUCUGCUCCUCCCCACCUUGAACACCUUCAUCCGCAGUCUUCUAUCCGCCAUCGUGGGUCUACCGGAGGAAGAUGUAUCAUCCUCGAUGACGACGGAUAUUCUGACCUCGGCCUCGCCAAUCGCCACCAUGGUCCUCUCUUUCAUUUCUUCAUCUUUGUCCGCUAUCAUACUCUCCCCCAUUGAUACCGCGCGCACCUUUCUCAUUCUUACGCCUGCCACACAUGGCCCGCGAUCCCUCCUUCGGGCUCUGCGACUCCUCCCGACUUCCAACUGUACCAUCCCCCCUCACCUGGUCCCGAUUACCAUUCUUCACUCCAGUUUGCCAAACUUCAUUACAACCACCACUCCGCUCUUUCUAAAAUCCUAUCUAUCGAUUGAUCCUAUCCUGAAUCCAUCUGCGUGGAACCUCUUCACCUUUCUCGGGUCAGGCUUGGAACUGGCUGUGCGUUUCCCUCUCGAGACUGUCUUGCGUCGUGCCCAGAUUGCCACAUUCACCUCUCCGAGUCUACGACAAGACCAGGCGCCUUCCAAUCUACGUCGUACGGUUUCAUCCUCCUCGUCUGUUUCGUCCCCGGGAGAGAGCUCCGAGAUCGAGACAAUCAUCCCCGCGCCACAGACCUACCGCGGCAUCAUCGGGACGAUGUGGAGCAUUGUAUACGAAGAAGGUGUCAGCACAUCUCAAUCAGAAACCGACCGGAUCCAUGGAGCACUCACAAGGCCCCUGCCACUCCGCAAACGCCAAGGGCAGGGCAUCUACGGUCUCUACCGGGGAUGGAGAAUAGGCAUGUGGGGCAUUGCCGGUAUUUGGGGAUCCAAUAUACUGGGGGCAGUGGGUGGUGGAGGAGACGAGGACGUGAUGGUCAGCAGGGGACGAUUCUAA